AUGACCUCCGGCAGAGGUCAUCUUGGAGUACAACCGGACCCUUCGCCCCCCCUCCGGACGUCCAACUCUGAGGUCAAGGCCGCUGUCGACUUCACCCCUGCCUCGGCCCCGCCCUGGCGCGUGGUGGUGUCUGGCUCCUCCCUCAGAGCAGUCAUCUCCCAGCUGCUGACUCAGGUCAGCCCUGGGUCCCACCCUCCUGUGUGGUGGUUCACCAUCUUCCAGGAGGUCCACCGCCUCCUCCGGUCCUCCUUCCCCUGGGUCAGGGUGAGGGUGGACAGGCAACAGGCCAACUGUCUUCUGCAGCCCAUAGCUCAUCACCAGCUGGCUAAAUACAUCAUGGCUCGUCUGGAGAAACAGUUGAUCCCCUGGAACGGUCUGGAGAAGGCUCUGCUCACCACGCCACACAUCUUCCAGCAUUACGCCGUCUACCUGGUGGCUAAUAGCAUAGCCGGGCUGGUCCCGGAUCAGCUAGCACCUAGCCAGAAGGACCUGCUGAGGAUGGAGUGUACGCUGAAGAGCCUGCCUCCCGGCUCCAUGCUCACCGUCAGCAGCGACCUGGUGGACGACCUCAUGGUCAAGCUGGUACUGAGGCUCCAGCCCCUGAACGGCGAGGGCUACAGACCGCUGAACCAGCAGACGCUCCUGACCACCACUCUCAAGAUGAGUUGUUUCAUCCUGGCCACACUAAGGAAUAUGCCCGGCAUCACCGUGGACACCAGCCUCCCCUGUCCAUGCUGGGACAUCAGGAGGCUUGCCAUUCUGGUGCAUUGCGGCCUUACCAAGUCCUUGGGGUCCUCUCUCCAGGGCCCUAAUGUGCUCGUCUCCAUCCUGUGGGAGGUUGUCGAGGCCCUGCUGGCCCGGUACCAUUCAGACCGCCCUGAGGAAUCCUCCAUCCCCACCCAAGUUCCCAGGGUGAUGCAGAAGGAGCAGGAGAUGGAGGAAGAGCUGCUCAGCCAGAGACUUCCUGAGCAGCUCAGGGAGCAACUCUACGGGACGUUUGGCACGUGGGUCCAACACGGCAAACUCUUUGGCAGGGCUCUCCCACCGAUGAGCACCGCAGAGCAGGACCUGAGAGGAGGGGACGCAACCGUCCUCAGCAACACUCUGGCUGACAACCCUGUCGCUCUGGACACCAGUCUGGACGCCCCUCAGAAGGAGCAGCCCGACAGCCACAGCCGUUGUGAUCCGUCUGUGAUGGAGAACAGUAGCUGUGGCCCUGUCACUGGAGAUCCCCUUCCUCCAGCAGCUCAGCCAGAGAACGGAGAGUCUAACUCCGUCUCCACAACCGACCCGGUUGUGAUCCAGCGGUCCACCGUUGGAUUCAUUGUGGCCCAGCUGUUCAGAGGCCGGGACGAAAUGUCCUCCCUGUCCCACAUCGACCGGUACCGGGCCUUCCAGAACCUGGUUGUCCGGGAAGUCCACCUCCUGCUGCAGGAGGAGGCCACCAUGAACCAGGGCAACCCUGGGUUUGAGCGGACCCUGGAGCGCCUGAAGGACCCCGCGCAGGAGGAGAAACUGGGUCUGCAGCUUCGCUGGGUGCUUGAGGAUAGGCUGAAAGAGGCCUUGCCCGGCGUGUGCCUGUCCAGGGACGGGCUCAUGAAGGACCCCCCGAACACCCUGCUGGCCUGCUCCCUGAUCGCCACAGAGGUGCUUGAUCACCUGAAGACCUCUGUGAGCUCUCCUGACUACAACAAUGAGGCAGAGGAGUGUCUUCACGGGGAACAGUUGUUGGCCCCCGCUAAGGACCCCCAGAAUGCCCUGCUGGCCUCUAAUGAACCGGACCCCCAGAAUCCCCCUGAUGACUUCAAGGGAGCAGAGGAGUGCCUCCACGGGGAAGACACAACGUUGGUCACCUCCCCUAAGGAGACUGUGGAGGUGAAGAAGAAAAGGAGGAGGUGGUCUUGGCUUCGCCGGCUCUUCACCUGCAAAAGAAAAUAAGCACGCCAUUGCUUGUAUAUAACUUGCAUUUAUUGUUUUUCUUAUUUUUGUUUUAUACCUUGAUUUAUUUUGCAUUUCCAGACGUUGCUCGCAUCGUUUGCAGGUUUCUUUAUUAACAUAAUGGAUGGAUAUAGAAAAUAUGUAUUUGUUUAUAGAUCGAGCCAGGGCCGUUAUCUACCUCAUCCCCCUUUAUACGAGUUCCAAUUAUAAAAUAGGUCAUGUAUCGCAAGAUUACCUACCAGUAACUCUCAUGUACAGCUUAAUGCACUUUCCAAACCUCACCUAAAGUCACGUGCAAAAUAAGGGCCUAAAAUAAACACUUCAUAGUCCCCACAGAUUCUCACUGUUAGAUCUACUGUAGGGAUGUUUACAAUGGGUGCAGCCCAUUCACUGAUAUUAACAGGUGUAAUAACCCCAUCAGCCUCCAUUUUGUUUAACUGGACUUCGACUGGGCUUCCCUAAGUGCAUAAGGCACAGAUCGUGGUUUGCAAAAUCUGGGAAUGGCCCCUGUCACGACAUGAAGUUUAGCUUUUAUCCCUGUCACCUUGCCUAGAGUGGGCUGAAACACCUCUGGGUACCUGUUACAAAGCUCCUCAAAACUGUCAGGUGCUACUCUGUUUACAGAGGACCAAUCUAGGUUUAGCUUUUUGAUCCAGGGAGCGAAUAUUUGAGCCCCACACGCAAGUGAAAAGCACGGGAAAUAAAUACGGGAUAAUAUAGAAUGAUGCAAAAACAGAUAUAUUUUUCCCUGCAGCAAUAUUCAGGCGAUAUCCCGGCGUUAUUUUAAGUUUCAAAGUUAUGUUCUUCCCGUCACCUGCCGUGAGUUGGAUUUGAACCAGUAAUCUGCACAACCAGCGAUCUAUACAUCUAUACAAUUGAUACAAUUAAUCAAUACUCCUAAUGACUCAUGAAGUUUAUUUCUGAUUCUGUUAAUAAUAAUAAAAUGUGUCUUCAAAGACUGUGA